AUGGCAGCUCUUCGUUCUCCCAGCACCCCCUCGAACAUAUCAUCGCAGUCCAAGAAAGGGGUUUUUUCAUCUUCCAGUUCCUCACGGCGCUCUUCGACAAGCAGCGGUGCCAUUGUCAACUCAAGCCCGCAUAUUCCUCUGGGAAUAGGCUACUCGCCAGGUCCAAUCAACACCCCAACUACCCCUGCUGGCUCAGGAAUACCAGCUUUCCGCACUCUACGCUCCCUUUUACCUUUCGGACCUGGCAAGAAUGCCACUCCCAUAUCUACGUCAGCUUCUCCAAACACUUCGAGGAGCCCCUUCUCGAACUUUGGUUCCGUCCGACGGUCGAUGACCCGCGAACGCGAGCGAAAGUCGUCCCUUUCCAAUGACGCGAUGUCGCCAGUCAUAGCAAUUGGACCGGUGCCGGACGAAUCAGCCAUUCGACGUUCAGUGUCCUUGCCGCGGUUAGAGAAACCGCUUCCUUCGGAACCGCUAUUUGAAGACAGUCCGAACGCAUUUCAGCACGGAAGUAGUGCUUUGGGAUCUGCGUUCAUUCUACGAACACCCUCUCCUGGCCCCGCAUUGUCUGCUGAAUUAUCGACUAUCAUCGAGGCCGACAGUUCAGGGGUAUCCAAGCAUGGGCUGUUGGGCGUCAUCUCUCAAGAACCCUCUUCCAGCUCGCACUCAAAGCAAAGUUCAACUUCGCAAACAGAUUAUGGUACGGAAGACGAUGAUGCCGACAACUCAGCCCUCGAUUUGUCGACUAGCCACUUGGCUGACCAAGUUCGACAUGCCAUGCUCGAAAGCAACGUUUCUCCGAACACCGUAAAGCAGUGGCACGAUGGAGACAAAGAGGUAGUCAUUAUUGACGCGGACGAGCACCCAGAAGCUGAUACGACGUUCGCGCUGGAAUCGGCUGACCCUGAACUCCUCGCCCUCCUCAGUCCUAACGCUGUUUCAAAACCUGGAGCUACUCAAUCGAACCAACCAUCACCCACCACACCGACUUUCCCAUCAUCGUCCACCUCUCGUCUUCCUCGUUCCCGCCAAUCCUUGUCGCUUCUGCCUCGCCCGCGUGCCUCCAAUUCCCCAUCUCCAUCGCCCAUAUCGCGUCACUUCCCCACCUCGACUCCAUCUCCUACAUCAACUACUGCAACAACUUCUGCGUUAGCCACGCCGAAGCCAUCCUCUGCCAAAGAUGGUUCGCCAGCGACAACGGCCGCCAACGGAAGCGACUACUCGCCGACAUCUUCUCCAGCACCUUCUUCGCCCUGUCUGGCUUCCGCUUCUUCGUCCACUCCUGCUCGUCGGAGAACGUUGGGUCUGGCACGGCCUGCAAGAAUGUUUGGUCAUUCGGCUUCUGCAUCGUUGUCCCAGCCGCGUACGAACACGUUUGCGACCCCGGGCAAGGCUGGCGAGGAGUCGGCGCAAGUUUCAAUGAUGAAUGGAUCACGACUUGCGACGCGUACUCUCCGUCAGGUCAUGCUUGGUGGAAGUACUAGGAAAAGUCCUAAGAAUGAUGAAUCCUCGUCUCCGUCCCUCGAGGCCGCGAGACCCCGAGGUUCGUUGGAUUCGCGCCGACUACCGUCUAAUGCCAACGACAUCGGCCUUGGUCGACCGUCGUUAGAGGUACGGAGAGGUGCGUCAUUUGACUCCCGUCGGCCCUCUACUGCCUACAACUCUCGUUCUUCGACCUCGCCGGAACGAACGGAUCGAACCACUCCAGAAGCCGACUCCUCGCCAUCGCCUGAAGCUACGCACCAGGAAGCCCACUUCCGUCCGUCACUCGACUCCUCGCGACCGUCUUUCGACAGUAGUCAUCGCCCUGGUUCAUCAACCCGGCUGCGAGAGAAGGAGAGACAUAAUACGCCUUCUUUGCGAGUUAUCGACGCGUCCGGCGACAGCACUAACAGGUCUGUGUCUCCGAUCCCUCGAGGCCCACCUCCAAAUCGUAUCAGAAAGCGGAGCAUGAGCGUGCAGGAGCGUUUUGGCAAGGGGCGAUAUCCUGGGGCAGUGGCAGAACAGGGUAUAGCCCGGCCGGGAAGCAGCCUCUCUGUCCAUGGUGGUCGCGCGUCAAGAGGUGGUCUCGGAGUUGACGGAGGAGCAACUCCAAACGAAUUUGGAAGCGGUGGUUCAGGUCCGAAGCUCGAGUGGCUCGGCCCAAGGACAGCUAAGGCUUUUCGUGCGGCGGGAUUGCUCGACUUUGACCGAGAGAAGGAGAAAGAGCGGGACAACAGCGGUGAGGCGUUCGAGAGGUCGCGAGAAAGAGGUGGUAGCAUCAGUGGGAUGCUGGCUCCGUCUCCUCUUGGAGCGAGUGUCAGUAGUGGAAGUGUCUCUUCGGCGCUCAAUCGGUUCGCCUCGUUAAGGAGUGCUUCAGAGUAUAAUCCCACGCCUUCCAGGGCCCAUUCGCGGAUGGCCUUCUCUGAUGUUGGAGGUGGCUCCGGAAGGCGAGGCAGCGGGACGUUCUCGGCCUAUGGUAGUAGUAGUGCUUACGGUGGGAUGUCCACGUAUGGUCAGCCAGGUUUGAUGGAGAGCCCGACGUUCACUGUCUCUAGCAGCAGCAGAGAUAGAGAUACGCCCAAGUCAUCGACUUCGACUGCCCCUACGAGCGUCUCUGAAUCUUUUGGAUAUCUUGGCCGAGACAGGGUGGAACGAGAACGGGAGAGGGAGAGGGACGAGUUUCGGGAGUUGAAGGAGAAGCACGCGACGGAGAUGGCUGCUCUACUCGGGGCGUUGUCGGACUCGCAGAGAACAGCUCGUGUUCUUCGCGAGGAGAACGCAGAACUUAGGGAAAGGCUCGACCGCUUUGCUGGUGUAGUCCAGCAGAACAACGAGCUCCACCAAGCGUGUGGCGAGAUGCAGCAAGAAUGCAGUGACUUACGCAGACAGUGCGUGGAUUUGCGGCGGGAACUUGCGGCUGUGAAGACGUUCAAGUCGCCUAGCGGGCUUGUCCCAAGCUGGAGUGGGAACAGCACCAGUAGUGGCUUCCGGACGCCUCUGCCUCGGCCAGGGAAUAGCAGUCCUCUGGCCAACGAUGUUACGCCUCGGUAUGACGAAGAAGAGUAUAAUGAUACCAUGAUCAUCCAUGACGAUCUCGACGACCGCUCUCAGGACACGCCGCGACGACAGACCGACCGACAGGACCAUGAACACGACGCCGGUCCUUUGGACGCGAUAAAUCCGUCUUCAUCUUCUACCCCUUCCCUCAAACGGCGCCUUAGCGGCGCAUCAUCGGUAUUCCCAAUACCUCCUGCAAAUAUGACGAUGCUUCUUCAUGACGAUGCAGCGUCGCAGUUAGGCGAUAGCAACAGGAGCAGCGCGGACCAUUCUCAAUAUCCCUUCUUUGUGCCCCCUCUUUCCUACCCCUCAUCCUCGACUAAGCCGAUCCCAACAUCAAAAGCGAACACAAAUUCCCACGUACGCUCCCUAUCACGUUCUCCUCCUGCCAACUACCAGAGCUUCGCAGCCUCUGGCGGGCACAAGGCCAACAAGUCUAUCGCGUCGGCGGUCAGCAUCUCGCCGACGACGGCGAACUUCUCCAUGGUCACUGGUAGUCCAGGUAGCCUUUCACUACGACCAGAGCAUGAGCUUCUGCUAGGUGAUAUGGAGUCUUUGGACCUUGGAGUGCGCGGGCUCGACCUCGAGGCUGAUCUCGUAAGAGCGAACAGCGAUGAGUGGUAA